AUGAAGCAAGUGGCGAGUCUUCUUACUUUUGGCCUCGUCGCAUUAGCUGCGCAGGCCGAUGAAACGCAAAAAUGCGAAAGGACCAAAGUUGCUGUACUGGGUGCGGGUGUGGCCGGAGUCACUGCGGCGAAAUCACUCUCGGAUCAUGGGAUUAAUGACUUUCUCUUGGUUGAGUACCAAGACCGCAUUGGAGGCCGUAUGCAUGAUGUUACCUUCGGCAGCGGGCCAGAUGGCCAUCCGUAUACUGUCGAAGCAGGAGCGAACUGGGUGCAAGGAACAGUCACGGGCGAGGGCCCUGAGAACCCAAUCCACACUCUGGCCAAGAAGAACAACAUCAUAACCCUGGAAACUGACCAGGAUAACACAACAUAUUUUGAUGAACAAGGUCCGGCGGAUUAUGAUUAUGCGAUUCGCGAGUUCCAAGACGCUGUCCACAAAGUUACCAUCGAUGCAGGAUCCCUCCUACAGAAAAACCUCCAGGAUCGGUCUUUUCGGGCCGGGCUGCGCCUGCAUGACUGGGACCCAGCCAAAAACGAUUCCUACCGACAGACUGCUGAAUGGUGGUUGUUUGAUGGCGAAUUUGCUUACACUCCUAGUGAGAGCUCUGAAGUCUUUACCUCGGUAGCUGAGAACGCGACCUUCAACUAUUUCUCCGAGGAAAACCUUUUCGUAUAUGACCAGCGUGGCUUUGCAACCAUCAUUCGCGAGGAAGCGGCGGAAUUUCUGACGGAAAACGACAGCCGUCUACGUCUGAAUACGCAGGUAACGGGCGUCGACUACAAUAGGGACUCUGUGACCGUGCAGACGAAUCAGGGUUGCAUCGACGCUGAUUACGCUAUCAUGACCUUCUCGCUAGGAGUUCUUCAGAAGGAUGUUGUGGAGUUUGCUCCACAACUCCCUUCUUGGAAGAAAGAAGCUAUCCAUAGCUUCGAGCUCGGAACAUAUACCAAGAUUUUCAUGCAAUUCCCGGAGCCCUUCUGGGAUAAUGCGCAGUACCUCAUAUAUGCGGACCCUGAAACUCGAGGCUACUAUCCCGAAUUCCAGCCCCUUGACCUCCCGGGUGUGCUAGAAGGAUCGGGUCUCAUGAUCGCAACGGUUGUAAACGACCAGUCUUACCGAGUAGAGGCGCAAUCCAACGAAGAAACACAGGCUGAAGUCAUGGAAGUUUUGCGCAGCAUGUACGGUCCGGAAAUCCCAGACCCGACUCAUCUUUGGUACAAGCGGUGGACACAAACUCCUUGGGCUUAUGGAUCCUACUCCAACUGGCCUCCCUCAACUAGUCUGCAAGCGCAUCAAAACCUGCGUGCGAAUAUCGGGAAUGUGUUUUUCGCGGGCGAGGCCACCAGCCAGGAAUUCUUCGGUUAUUUACAAGGCGCCUACUUCGAGGGCAAACAUGUGGGUGAAUUCAUUGCCAGUUGCUUGCAGGAAACAGGUAACUGCGCAGUUACGGACGAACAGCAAAAGUAUUCCGUUCUGACUGGAGUGACACCAUACAAUCUGUAUAAUGAGGAGCAUGGAUGGUUCGUGGAUACAAUCUCUUGA